AGCUGUUGUGUGUUUGUGUCUCUGUGUUAGUGCAGUAAAAUGGCAGAAGCCAGAUUUUCUCAGGAUGAGUUCUUGUGUCCGGUGUGUCUGGAUCUCCUGAAGGAUCCAGUGACCAUCCAGUGUGGACACAGUUACUGUAAGAGCUGUAUUACAGACUGCUGGGAUCAGGAGGAUGAGAAGAGAGUCUACAGCUGCCCUCAGUGCAGACAGACCUUCAGUCCAAGACCUAUUUUAGGUAAAAACACCAUCUUGGUUGAAGUGGUGGAGAAACUGAAGAAGACCAAACUUCAAAGUGCGGUUCCUGCUGGAGCUGGAGAUGUUCAGUGUGACGUCUGUACUGGAAGAAAACACAAAGCUGUCAAGUCCUGUCUGGUGUGUCUGAACUCUUACUGUCAGAAUCACCUCGAACAACAUGAGAGUUUGUUUAAAGGAAAGAGACACAAUCUGACUGAAGCCACUGGACGACUGCAGGAGAUGAUCUGCCAGAAACAUGAGAAGCUCCUCGAGGUUUUCUGUCGCACUGAUCAGAAAUGUAUAUGUGUGCUGUGUAUGGAUGAACAUAAAAACCACGACACUGUAUCAGCUGCAGCACAGAGGACAGAGAAACAGAAGCAGCUGAAGGAGACGCAGAAGACGUUCCAGCAGAGAAUCCAGCAGAAAGAGAAAGAUCUCCAGCAGCUGAGAGAGGCUGUGGAGUCUCAGAAGCGCUCUGCACAGACAGCAGUGGAGGACAGUGAGAGGAUCUUUACUGAGCUCAUCCGCUCCAUUGAGAGAAGCCGCUCUGAGCUGAUACGGCUGAUCAGAGAUCAGGAAAAGCAAGCAGUGAGUCGAGCUGAAGGACGACUGGAGCGACUGGAGCAGGAGAUCAAUGAUCUGAGGAGGAGAGACGCUGAGCUGGAGCAGCUUUCACACACACAGGAUCACAUCCAGUUCCUGCAGAGUUUCCAGUCUCUCUCAGCUCCUCCUGAAUCUACAGACGUAAAUGAUGAUCUCUUCAGUUCUCUCGUCUCUUUUGAUGAUCUGAGAGAAUCUGUUCAUCAGCUGAGAGACAAACUGGAGGAUUUCUGCAAAGAGGAGCUCAAGAAGAUCUCAGACAGAGAAACAUUCACCAACAUUGUUCCCAGGACCAGGAACCACUUCCUACAAUAUUCCCAUCAGCUCACUCUGGAUCUGAACACAGCACAUAAAUACCUCCGUCUGUCUGAGAGAAACAGAGUGAUUACUGACACUUACACAGUCCAGCCGUAUCCUGAUCAUCCAGACAGAUUUGAUGGUUAUCGUCAGGUGUUGUGUAGAGAGAGUGUGCGUGGACGCUGUUACUGGGAGCUGGAGUGGAGUGGAGAUGGUGGUGUGUUUAUAUCAGUGUCAUAUAAGAGAAUCAGCAGGAAGGGAGCGGGUAAAGAGUGUGUGUUUGGAUAUAAUGAUCAGUCCUGGAGUUUGAUCUGCUCUCCAUCCAGUUACUCAUUCAGUCACAAUAACAUACAGACUGAUCUCUCUGUGAAGCCCAUCAUCAGGAGAAUAGGAGUGUUUGUGGAUCACGGAGCAAGAACUCUGUCCUUCUACAGCGUCUCUGACACAAUGAGCCUCAUCCACACAGUCCAGACCACAUUCACUCAGCCGCUCUAUCCUGGGUUUGGAGUUGGUAGUUCUGGAUCAUCUGUGAAACUGUGUUAAUGAAUCAGAAUAGACUGAUGAGAGAAAAUAUAUAUUAAAAAUACUAAAUUAUGUUUAUCUGAAAAUGUAAAAAUGUUUUCUGAGGGGUAGAUUUCGGUUUGUGCAAAGGUUCCCAAUUCUGGUCCUAGAGAACCCCAAGCACUGCACAUUAUAGAUGUCUCCCCAAUCAAACACACCUGAUUUCACUCAUCUGCUCAUCAUGUGUGUAUCAGAUAAGAGAGACAUCAAAAACGUGCAGGUUCUCCAGGACCAGGAAUGGGAACCACUGGGUUAGUGGAGGGAAAAUAUAGUUUGGUCAGUAUAGAAACAAUAGAAGUCUACAGCAAAUCCCCACAAAGAUAACUGUACAUUCAUAUAUGUUUGUGAAAAAAAAAGAAAAGAUGAGAAAAGGGGGAGACUUGAUAGUGUUUGAUGUUCAUUUAUCUUCAGGUUUAGAACUGUUAUACUGUGUUAUUGUGGUGAAGAAUGAUGGAUAUGGACUGAUAUACAUGAUUAAAUGUAAUUCCAACA